AUUAUUCAAACCGGAAAUAGCGAACCCGGAAAUAAAGUUCACUAUCAUUUACCUGCUCCUUGGCCAGAACAGGAAAGACCAGUACCAACGUUCAAAAUGUCUAAGUACUCGGAAGAAGACAUCCAGGAGAUCCAGGAAACUUUCACCCUCUUUGACACACGUGGGGACAACAAGAUCGCCGCUAGUCAGCUGGGAGAUGUGCUGAGAGCUUUGCACCAAAACCCAACAGAGCAAGAAAUCAGAAAAUGCGGCUACUCACAGAACCCAGAUGCCCGCAUCUCAUUUGAAACUUUUUUCCCAAUCCUACAAACAAUCAGCAAGAAUCGCAUCUUACCAUCCAUGGAGGAUUUCACAGAGGGAUUCCGGGUGUUUGACAAGGAGCAAAAUGGAACUAUCUCAAGUGCUGAGUUGAGACAUAUCCUCACAUCUCUAGGUGAGAAGUUGACUGAAGAUGAAGUGGACCAGUUACUUGUGGGUCAAGAAGACAGUCAGGGAAAUAUCCAGUACGAGGAUUUCAUCAAGCUGGUGAUGAACGGAUAAAAAGCGCUAUGCUUUUCCAAUCUCUUGUCAAGGGACCCAAGAGUAGUAUUUUGCUUUUAGUAUUUUAAAGGAAAUAUUACAAUUACUCGCAAAAUAUUACCGCAACAGAAAUGCAUUACCUGUACAUCUUCUUUAAGCUUUAUAUUUUUCUUAAAACUUUUUCCUUCAGACCAGGGUGUCUUGCCUUUAUCUUUAUCUAAUACUGUAUCUAACAUUUGUGCUGUUAUUAAUGCUGCAUUUGCAAAGGUGUAUACUGGUAACAGAAAAUGUGCUCUGUCAAUUUUGAAUGCAAAGUUCAGUCUUUUCUGAACCAAAGACAAUAUCUGUGUUCAUUCCAGUGCAUUUGCAAGCUUGAACUACCGUUUGAAACGUAUAGUUUUGUUGCAAGCAACGGAAACAUAGUACAUGACUUUUUUUAAGCUUUUGUGAAAUGAUUGUAUUGCCCAGAGUUGUAAAGUUAAACGAAACGGGACUAAGAUUCACCAGAGUAAUGGGGUCCACUGAGGGGUUCUUGAAUAAGUGGCAUGGUGUACGGAACCUGUCAAACUGCUGUGGUCUGUGUAAUGGUUUGUAUUAUUAUUUGGGUUCAGUGCAGUCAUUAUCGCAUAUUCCUGUGGCGGAAGAUAAAAGCCUGUAGGAUCUAAGCAGCAUGUUGAAGGUGUUCAAAUAAAUGUGUCGGUCAAGUAUUAAAAGGUUCUCGCAUUUCCUAUGCUUUGAUAUUUGAAUAUUCUUAAUAGUUACCAGUAUUCCAGUUUGCAGCUGAUCGGAAUUUUUUUUUAAAAAGCCAAUCAUCUUGAAGGUUCCUAAUUAGUUGUUGUCUGUUCUACUUCUCAUUUUAAGGAAGGAGUAUUUUUGAGUUUCCUGGUUUAGAGUUACCCAGAUAGUUCUAGAAAGUUUAUCAGACCAAAUGGUAUCCUGAAGGAUUCCUAACUGCCUUAUAAUCACAUACAGAUUAAAAUGUAACAUGUCUCCUGCACCAUGUACUUUUUUGGGGGGAUCCAGUUGGUCAACAUUUUAGCUUUUUUUUUUCCUGUGAAUUUUUCAUCAAGAAACAAGGAGUGGCCACAAAUUGGAAUCAUUACGUUUAAAAGUUAUUUUGGUUUUUUUAUCUUUGUAGUUUAUUUGGUUUGGAUCUGAAGUGGGUGGAAUGACUAUGAUUGUUGAACAAGUUAUAGUCCAAUAAAAUAUAUUAUAUAUAUAUAUAAAUAUAA